UUUGUUUUUAUUUAAUUAUUUUGCUGCAAACGUACUUGAAAAAAAAUGUUGCACAGCCGCGAACCUUGUCUACUGUGACAAUUGAACGUGAAAAAGCCGCAAUUUGCGGUAAAUGUUGAUUUUCUCAACAUUCAUGCUACCUUUUAAGGUCUUGUCUAUACAAAAAAAUGUAAAUAAUUAUUGUGAAAAUAAAUAUAUAUUCAUAAAUAGAUAUAUAUGGCAGUGAGAAGUGCGUGAACUAUAUGCAUAUAAUAUAACUGAAAUAUAAUAAAUCCUGUAAGAUGUUUCGUGCCUCUCAAAUCGCGAGUGAAGAAACACUUCCUGUUCUUGGAACUGUUACGAUAAUCUCUACAACAGACGAUGCCAAUGAAUCAAAUGUAGGCACAAAUAUAAAACGCGGAGAUGGUCAAUCAACUUAUGGUACUAAUACGAUUAUUUCAUCGUCAAAAAUCAAAUACCCAGCUGCGGUUGCUUUCAUUCUAAUAACGAAAUUUUUUGAAGCAUUUGCAGCUAAUGGAAUGCGAACAAUAUUGGCUUUGUACUUACGAGAUGAUCUCUUCUUCAGUGAAAGUUUUUCAACGAUAAUGCUGCACAUCUUCAAUUUUUUUGGUCAAUUCUGUCCAAUUUUCGGUGCUAUCUUAGCGGAUAGCUAUAUUGGAAAUGUUCGCACGAUAUCGUCAUUUUGUGUUCUUUAUGCUUUUGGCUGGAUCUUACUUAUCCUUACAUCACUACCAAAUAUGGGAAUAUCAUUGAUUUUCCUGAUUUCGGCAUCAUUACUUUUUAUUGCUGUUGGGAAUGGAUCAAUACGCGCUUGCAUUACAAGUCUGGGAGCGCUACAAUUUAAGGUUCCCGAACAAGCCUGCCAACUAGCGGAAUAUUUCUUUCUGUAUUAUUUUGUUUAUUAUUUUGGCAUUUUUUUAAGUAAAAUAUUGCCACCUUUGGUGCGUGCAAAUACUCAAUGCUUUAAUAAAAAUGGUUGCUAUCCAGCAGUAUUCGGUACGUUAGCGACAUCAUUCAUGCUAUCUUGGACAAUUUUCAUGAUUGGUAAAUUUUUUUAUAAACCUGAGAAACUUUCUGAAGAAAAUAUUUUAAUAAAAUUUUAUGGAUGUAUUAAAUAUGCGAUAAUCAAAAAAUGUACAAGGUCGAAAAAGGAACCACGACCAAGUUAUUGGCUCAACAAUGCUAUUGGUCGAUAUGACAAGAAUUUUGUUGAUGAUGUUGCUAAAGUUUUAAAAAUAUCAAAAUUAUUUAUCCCUUUGCCCAUUUAUUUUGCACUGCUCGCUCAGCAGGAUUCAAGUUGGACAUUUCAGGCUACACUGAUGAAUACAACGAUUGCUGGUAUUACACUGCAACCAGAUCAAGCUAAAGCAAUGGGUCCCAUAUUUCUAUUUAUAUUGAUACCACUUUGGCAAUACCUGUUUGCUCCUUUGUUCAAACAUUUAUUCGGAUUUGAGCUGAAACCUCUACACAGUGUGACUGUUGGUGGCAUUUGCUCAGCUAUAUCAUUUCUUUGUGCUGGAAUACUACAAGAAAAUAUAUUUGGUCAGCCAUAUAAAAGUAUUAACAUAGUCUGGCAAGUUCCACAAUUUCUAAUGAUUAUGAUGGGCGAAUUGUUUCUUUCCAUACCAGGUCUUCAAUUUGCUUUUACACAAGCACCAACAUCUAUGAAAUCCGUUGUGACUGCUGCUUGGUUCCUCAAUAAUGCAUUUGGGAAUUUGAUUGUAAUCAUUAUUACUAAAAUUGAUAUAUUUGAUUCACAGAGCAACGAGUACUUCUUCUAUGCAGUGAUAAUGCUAGUUUCGAUUAUUAUAUUUACAUUAUUGGCUUAUGAUUACAUUUUGCAAGAACAACUACUGAGCUAUCAUGUAAAUAAUACUUUAGUGACUAGAAAAGAAAAUACAAUAGCCAAUGGUUUAACAAAGGACAAUGAUAUGAAAGAUGAUAUGGCUGAUCUACCAAGUACAAGUUCAAGUGUUUGCAAUACAUUACAAGAUAAAAAUUAUAUAGCAUAAUAUUUUAAGCUUAUUCCAAAUAUGUGCAA